AUGAAGCUUACCGGCUUUACCGCUCUCCUUACUCUCACAUCCUCACUCGGUGCAGUCGAAGCCGCCAUUAACGGCCGCUGUACUAACCCGAGUACCGGUGGUCAAUACCAAUACGGCGUCUGCGUGCGGAUCGCCGACUGCCAGGCCGACGGCGGCUACACUCUCAACAACUGGUGUCCGUAUGACGGAAACGGUGUCAAGUGUUGCAUCAAGAGCAACUGCCAUCCUACUCGCAAUGAUGAUGUUUGCGCGUUCACGAGUGAGUGUAGCAGGCGUGGGGGACAGACACUAAACAACCAGUGUCCGGGAGGUGAUAACUUCAAGUGCUGCUAUGGAAUGGUCAGGUCGUAG